CCAUAGUUUCAGAACACCAUGAAACCGUCGCAACCGCUAAGCAACCGCAUUAUUGAUCAGCUCAUCACCGCCAUGAUCCAGAACCGCCCAUUCGACGCCGUACUAGCCUCUGUGACGGUCUCGAGUCCGUGGAGUCAACAGAUCGUCUCCGAUGUCCUCCGCUCUAUUCCAAGAUUCUUCUUCAUAUCCCCACGAUCCAUAGGUCGGCAAAAGGGUUUUCGCCACCGGUCUCCGUUGAAACAGAGGAACCUCCGUGACGAGUCACAACGACGCCGUUCUGAAGUCCUUGUUAUGGGUCCCGGCGCGUAUAUGGAUCCUAAGAAAGUUUCUCUCGGGUUGCAGAAAGCCAUAGAGUUCUUCUUUUGGGUGGAGACCCAUUUCGGUUUCGAUCAUAAUGAGAUCACUUGUAGAGAUAUGGCAUGUUUGUUGGCCAAAGGAAAUGACUUUAAAGGUCUCUGGGAUUUUCUCCGGCAAGUCUCUAGAAGAGAGAAUGGACGAAAUGUGGUCACCACAGCGUCUAUAACGUGUUUGAUGAAAUGCCUAGGAGAAGAAGGCUUUGUGAAAGAGGCAUUAGCUACCUUUUAUAGGAUGAAGGAAUAUCAUUGCAAACCUGAUGUCUAUGCUUACAACACAAUAAUCAACUCUCUUUGCCGAGUAGGGAACUUCAAAAAGGCUCGAUUUUUGUUGGAUCAGAUGCAAUUACCGGGAUUCCGAUACCCACCAGACACCUAUACUUACACCAUUUUCAUAAGCUCAUACUGUAAAUACGGGAUGCAAACCGGAUGCAGAAAGGCGAUAAGGAGGAGAAUGUGGGAGGCUAAUCGAAUGUUUCGGGAAAUGCUGUUCAGGGGGUUUGUACCCGAUGUGGUGACUUACAAUUGUUUGAUCGAUGGAUGUUGCAAAACGAAUCGGAUCGGUCGGGCUCUGGAGCUGUUUGAUGAUAUGAAGAAGAGAGAGUGCGUCCCGAACCAGGUGACGUAUAAUUCUUUCGUAAGGUAUUACAGUGUUACCAAUGAGAUAGAACGUGCAGUUGAUAUGAUGAGGACAAUGAAGAAGAUGGGUCAUGGUGUACCUGGUUCAAGCACAUACACGCCGCUAAUACACGCUCUUGUUGAGACCAGAAGAGCGGCCGAGGCUCGGGAUUUGAUGGUAGAGAUGGUGGAGGCCGGGUUAGUUCCGAGAGAGUAUACAUAUAAGGUGGUGUUGGAUGCUUUAAGCUCAGAGGGAAUGUCGAGUACACUUGAUGAAGAGCUGCAUAAGAGAAUCAGAGAAGGAAUUGAACAUAGAUAUAGAAGAGUCAUGAAGAUCAAACCGGUCAUGGCUCGAAAAGAUCAAGUCGGGAAAUCGGAUCUUCAUGAGAUUGAUGUUGGUUAAUGCGGUGGUGAAUUAUUCGCUCAAUUUUGCCUGGCUUUCAUGAUGAAUUGGAUAGUUUGAUUGAAACACUAAUUGUAGACUUGGUUUAAGCCAGAGCCCUCGGAAGAUCUAACUGGUUGACUGAGUAAAUGGAGGCUAAUUGCUGGCGGCUGCACUGA